UGAUUUGACCGAUUAUGGAGCAACUGCAUCGGGAGGAUUGUUGGUUGCGCGCUCACGCAGUCCCAGCGUCUUUUUGGAGCCACCAACGCCAGAUCCAACGCAUGCACACUUUGGACCCGGCUGGGGGCGACCCAUGUCACCCAUGGAUCUGCCGCCGGAUCUACCACGUUCGAGCGGCAGCAGUGUGGGCAACAAAUCGCCCACCACCAAGUCGCGACUGCGUCCCAAGCUGCACAUACCGUUGGGUCGACUCGGCCGCUCCACAUCCUCGGAUACGCGGGAGCGUGAGAGCAGCCGGCUGCGUGAGGAUGUCCAUGUGCAUGUGGAGAAUCCGGUGUUCAGCAGCGAGAAUCUGCGUCAGAACAACUUUGAUGCAUUCUUCGAGGCACGCGAACCGGUCAUUAAACUGCACCCACGUACGCCUGGUACGGCGCCAGCGGACGGUCACGGCUAUUCGCCACCCCUGGACAAGUAUGCUGGCGUCUAUGACUCCCCACGGGCCAAGGGUCCCGCUGCCAGCUCCGGAGGUGGUCUCUUUGCGCGCUCGCCGCGGGAGGAACGCGAACGUGCGCUCAACGCGCGUUCCCGCAGCGCCGAGCAAUGGGAUGAGGCGGGAACGGGAACGGGAGCGGGAACGGCAGCGGGUGCGGGAUCGGUGGGUGGCAAGGGCAGUGGAGGUGCUGGUGGCGGCGCGCACUCCAAAGGUGACAGAUUCUUUGGCAAAAUCUUCAAGUGGUCCAAAAAAUCGUAGUUUCUUCGGGUGGAGGGGACCACGGGGUGGUUCCCUUAGCCCACAGGGCAGCAUGGCGUCCUAUAAUGGUGUACUAAAGGAUUACAGUCACAGCAGUUUGAAUGAGGCUUUCAAAUCCCAAAACAAUGUCAACUUUAAGUUAAUUAAAACAGUAUCCGAUUUCAACGAAUCACUUGCCCAAUUGUAUGAGGAACAUGCAACUGCCCUUCAAACUUUAGUGUCCAAUUAUCGCAAAAAGAAUGCUGAGCUGCGCAAGGAAAGACCCGCCUGCCAUUUGGCCAUCUUUCAGGCAUGGGAAACAUUCCUGCAGGAAGCGGAAACCGACUCGCAGGCCUGCAACGAUGUGGCCAGCGUACUCUCCCGCCAGGUGUCACGACCAAUGCUGGAUAAAUCCUUUCAUCGCAAAGUUCAAAGUCGCAAAAUAUUUACACACAGGGAGUCUUUUGAGACUAUUAUCGCAAAGACUGAAGAGAAGCUGUCAAAGUGUCGCCUGGACUACAAGCAAUGCCACAUGGCACACCGCCAGAAUCCCAGUCAGCACUCGUUAACCGAAUACAUUGAUGCGCAUAAUGCGUAUGUGCAGCAGCUGCAUGCAACGAAUGGAAUGCUCGAGGCCUACCACGGCGACACGCUGCCCCAACUGAUGCAGGAGUUGGAGGAGAUACACAACGACCUAUGCAACAUUGUGUCCGACUCACUGCAGCAGGGCGCCGAUGUAAUUGCCGCCAAGGCUACAGAGCAGUCGAAGCGCUAUGCGAGCCUGGCCAACCAAUGCAGCAGCGUGUUGCCACAGCAGGAUUUGGCCAACUUUGUGCGGUUGUUGGCGCAGCCAUCGCAGGCACAGAAAGUGCCCAGACGAGCCUUUGCACCACCGCAGGCACAGCAGCCGGGCGAGGCGGCUGAGGAAACGGGCGACUAUAACGAGAUGACGCCCAUUUUGCGCAACGAGCUCGUCUUUGACCGCCACUCGACGUUGUCGCAGCGCUCGGCGUUGGAGUCACUAAAGCGUGAGGCCAUUGAAUUGGAAUUGCAAAUACGUCAGCUGCAGGACUCCAUUGAUGCACUGAAUCGCACACAGACACGCGGCAUUGAGGGCCAACUGUAUAACAAGGUUAACGAGCUCCAGGAGGAUUUGUCCAUGAAGAAAUUUGAUUUGCGCGCCAAGCAAAUACACUUGGCUGCCAUUCGUGCACAGAAGGAGUUAUUCGUUAGCAAAGUUGAGCCAACUUCGCCGCGAAACGAACGCAAAUUUUCCGCUGCCACAGCGCCAUCGAUGAAAACAAAGUGGCUGAAAGCAUUUAAGAGCCUAAAGCCGGCGGGUUCUGGUUCAGCACAACAAUCAGAUAGCCAACAACCGCGACAAAAUCAAAUGUACCACGCUGUAUCGACCGUUUUGACCUUGAGGCGUAAUGGUGCCUCGAAUGCCCCAUCGGAGUCACUGCGUCCCAAUCUGGAUGGCAGCCAUCAUCUGCAGGAGUACACGUACAAGAAGAUAACGGCCUGUGAUGUCUGCUCUCAGAUUCUGAGAGGUCACACACGUCAGGGGCUGCGGUGUCGCAUUUGCAAGCUAAAUGCCCAUGGCGAUUGUGCCCCAAAUUUGCCACGUUGCCAGCCAAAACAGAAGCUGUUGCGUCGCCAGAAGAGCACUUCCGAGCUGGAGAAUCGUGUUGAUAUCGAGGAAGAAAUAGGAGCAGGAGCGGGAGUAGGUGCGGGAGUAGGAACAGGAGCUGGAGUUCCAGGCAGCACAGCAUUGCCGCUGCAGCCGCUGGCGGGAAAUGAAAGGCCACCGCCGCCCGAUAUACCCAUUGUGAAUGUGCCGCCAGAGAUGGCAAUGCAGGAACCGCAUCAGCUACAGCAUCAGCAUCCGCAUCAACAUGCGCUGCAGCAUCCGCAUCCGCAUCAGCAUCCGCAUCAACGCAGCCUGGCAUCGGUGGCACAGGCGGCGGCGGUGCGAGCCGGUCGCGGUGUACGACCGCCGCCGGUGGCCAUGCCCAUACUGGGCGUGCAGCUGCAACAACAGGAGCUGCAGCAGCAGCGUGGCGGUCUGCCAGUGCCCACACAAGAUAUCUCUAGUAGUUCAGCACCGCACUCACCGCGCCGACAAAAGUUGAACUUACGCAUGAAAUCGUUGAGCUUGGACUCACCCGAAUCCUCGGAGCUGCACGGUCAGUUUAGGCGUCGCCAGCAUCUGCCGGUGACUGGCGCCUCCACAUCCAGCGGCUACUAUCAUGGCGGCUCUGGAGGCCAUCUGGAGCACAGUACUCCGCCAUCGAACAACAGCCGGCUGCACUCGCCUUCAAGUCCCUCGCAUCCGGGCCGCAAGCUCCUCUAUGCCACACGUGGCAUGCGGGGAGGCAGCGUCGAUUUACCCGACGACAUGGAGAAGUCGCAGUCAUCGGCCAGCACAUCGCCUUGUUUAUCUCCAAAAUCACAUCGUCUGCUGCCCACCAAUCUCUAUGUCAUACUCUACAACUUUAAGGCCAGACACGCUGAUGAGUUGGAUCUGAAGGCUGGCUAUAAGGUGACAGUUAUCGAUACCUCGGAUCCGGAUUGGUGGAAGGGCAAAGUGCUGGGACGCGUUGGCUUCUUUCCAUCCAAAUACUGUGUGCGUCUCAAUGCCAACGAGAAGCCGCUCCAGGUGACGCACAAUCUGCAGGUGUCCGAUGGCGAGCGUGGCGAGAACAUGACGCUGCUCCGAGAUCAGAUUGUCAUCCAGACUGGGGAUGAGGUGAAUGGCAUGGUGAUGGUACGCUCGGCGGACAAUCGUCAGGGCUACUGUCCCAUCAAGUAUCUGCAGGAGGUGUGACAGCCAGAAGAGGAAGAGCCGCCAGCCAAGUCAUCCAUGCAGACGUCGCGUGACAAGACCAAGCGUAGAAUUCGAAUCGUAGUAGCCGACAACAACAACAGCUCCCCAUCCGCACCAGCACCAGCUUCAGCACCUGCAUCCACAUCCACAUCCGCAUCCACAUCCGUAUCCGCAUCCGCAUCCAUGCAUCAUUCACAGGCAUCGCCGAGUCGUGAAACAAAGCGACUCAACAUCGAGUAUGGCGAUGCAGAUGGCGGCCUCAUUUGGGACAAGGACAAGGAUGUUCUAAUACUCUCCGGGCGCAAUAAGAACGACAAGAACUGGGAGAACUGGGAGCGCAUACGCGAGCAGAAGCUGGAGAAGAUGAAGAACAUCUGCUUCGAGAGCUAUCGCCAGUCGAAGCGGGACAAGCUGCUGCUGGCCAAGCCGCGAAUAAAGCAGCUCGACUCCACCUGGUAUACGGACAACAUCUACUCGAAUCGCUCCGACGAUCUGGACGAGGAUUACGUGCCCGAUUGCCUCAAGUACGGCAGCUACAGCCAUCGCAUUCUGCGCGACAUUCGCGAGCAGGACGAGAAGUAUGCGGAGGAUGCGCUGCCCAUGCGGGAGCGACGCGGCGAGGGCGAAGGCUCGCCCGGCUAUGGACUGCAGCGCUCGAAGAGCUGCAAGGAGUUCCAGUAUCCCAAAUCGCAGAGCUGCUGCUUCGAGGGCAAUGUGUACGAGGCGGGUGGAGGCACUGCCUCUGGCACUGGCACUGGAGCAGCAGCAACUGCUGCCACCACCUCCAUACUGAAGAAUCGUGCCGGAGUGCCCAAGUCGUACUCGUUCAGCGCCUCCACGAAGACCAUGCCCUUCGAUAUCAUUGACUACGAGCUGCCACCCGCCUCGAAUACGCGUCGGGAGAAGCGGGAGGCGUACAGGAGGAGCAUGAACAUGCUCUACAGCAACAGUCUGGAUGAGCGCACGCUGGCGCACACUUGCUGUGCCCGGGAGCAGUGCACCAGUGCCAAGUGCCUGCUGGACGACAUCUAUGCCGGCUCCAGGAGGCGGCUGGAUGCGUAUGGCGCUGCCGCCGCCGCCGCUGCCAGCGCUGGCAGCAACAGGAAUCUGAAUCGGAAUCUGCGCUCGCCCGCCGAUUGGCUGUUUGAGGAGCGCGCGGAGCGCCUGGCCCCGCCUCCGCCGCCCAUUCCUGCCCAGGCAGCCACGGUGAUCUGCUGCUGUGCGACGGAUGACUAUUGCUGCCAUCGCCAGCCACAGCACCGUGUGACGCGACCGACCAGGUCCAGCAGAUCCCACUGUCCGGGUCAUCAUCCGGCUGCCGAGGAGGAGGAGCACAUGCAUUGCCGCUACGACACCGAUCUGGAGCACUUUAUACGCGCCGAACGGGAGCGGCUGCUGCUGCAGGAUAAAUUCCUCGACGAGGACGAGCGCUAUCUGGCCCAGGGUCACAGCAUGGCCAGUCCGGGACGACGCUAUGCCCAACACUAUCAGCAGCGUCCCACGCGCAGCAAAUCUCUGCUGGAAGUGCCGCCUCCCAGUCUCUUUGACGACGACAGCUGCUCCGAUACGACGGAAAUCGAUCUGGAGGACUUCAACAUCGAUCUGGAAAAGUACUGGGAGCAGCUGGACAAACCGCCCAGUCCCAUCAACAUGGACAUGCGACGCAACAUGCACAGCAACCUGAAGGUCAAGAAUGUCAACGUGCGCUGCUAUAACAAUGGUCAACCCAUCGACAUGCAUGAUCGCGAGCACGAGCGGCUCAUGAUCAAGAAAUCGCUGCUGGAGGGCAUGCCUUCACCGCCGCAGUUGGACUCCAAUGGCAGCUGUAACAAUGCGGCGGGCUAUGCUUUUUUUGAGCAUGCCGCUGGUCCGCUGCAUCACCAGCAACAUCACGCCUACGCUCAUGGCUAUGGGCAUAAGGUAUAUCCGUCGGCAGAUACUCUACCCUCGUAUCAGUACAACAACUUUUAUCCGGAGCACUCGACGCUGGGCAGCGUGCUCACCCAACAGCCGACGGCGGGCAUACAUCACGCCUCCGCCGGCGGUCAUUCCGCCUUGAGUCUGAUCAACAACAUCUUCUCCAUCUACAAGCCCAACAAAUACUCGCCCGAGAACUGUCAACUGAACUACGAGAGCAAACCGGAGCCGUGCAAAAAGAUGAAUGUGCCGAGCACCCGACGACCCCUCGGCGCCGUCUCCAGCAACACGAGUCAUGGCCACGAGUACCUGCACUCGUCGAUGAAGCGACCCUUGAUGGUCAGUGGCGAUCAGCCGCACUUUAAGAUCAUACCCGAGAAGACUGGCUUGAAGAUAUCGCCACUGUUGGCCUAUGAUGAGUAUGGAGGCGGUGACAAGUCACACCACAGACUGAGCAGCACCGCAAGACCUUUGAUGCUUCCGCACUGAUGGUGCUGGACCUUUCCUUGGUAUGGUAAUGGUAAUUAUUGUUAGUUAUUGUUAUGUCCACAGCAAGCAAUCCAAAAGACUCGCUCGCUUUGAGUGUUAACCCAAGACGCACAACUUGGCCCAGUGGCUCAACUAAUGUUGUAGUGGCAUCUAUACUUUCUUUCUUCCUCCUCUAUCCUCUCUACAUCCUUCCUCAACAGUGAUGUCAACUAUUUUUCAGAAAAAUUGGACAAAACGGCAAAAGAAAA